AAGCCUUGUUCAAUGGUCUAAAUUGGUGGCCAUGUUGUACGCCAUCUUUGUGGAGUAUUUUUUCAGGAAAAGAGUGUCAUGAUUCGUUCGAAAUGCCGAAGGAUAAGCAUGAAAAUAAUGAUCUUCGAAGAAAUUAUACCCUAAUGAGUGCUGAGGAUGUAGCUAACGGCAAAAAGUCGAAAUGGACCGAACUGGAAAUUACGGCUCGAUCGAUUCGUAAUUUGAGCCCAACACUAUGGCAGCUGGAUUUUUUGACUGCGUUGUUUCUAAACGACAAUAAUCUUACAAAGAUUCCCCCGGAGAUCUCCAGGCUUGCUCAGCUCAAGCACCUGGAUUUGUCGUCGAAUAAACUGCGAAGUUUGCCCAGCGAACUUGGAGAUCUGGUCACAUUACGUGAGCUACUUCUAUGCAACAAUAAUCUGAGAGUUUUACCAAACGAACUAGGAAAACUUUUCCAGUUACAGACUCUUGGAUUGCAGGGAAAUCCCUUGCCCCAGGAUGUGUUAAGUGUAAAUGCAGAACAGAAUGGAACAGCAAAACUUCUGAGCUUUAUGCUGGACAAUUUAACUGUUUGUCCUCGACCACCAGAGAGACAGUGGAUCUCACUACAACCUGACAGAUCAAGAAAUCCUGCACUUACAUUUAGUGUCAUGUGCUAUAAUGUGCUUUGUGACAAGUAUUGCACAAGACAGAUAUAUGGCUAUUGUCCGUCAUGGGCGUUAGAUUGGGAAUACAGGAAAACAGCGAUUUUAAAAGAAAUUCUUCAUUAUGGGGCAGACAUUCUUGGCUUACAGGAAAUUGAAACAGAGCAGUUCUUUAACUUUUUUCUUCCUGAGCUUCAACAACAUGGGUAUAAUGGAAUUUUCAGUCCAAAAUCCAGAGCGAGGACAAUGACGGAAGAAGAUAGGAAAUAUGUUGAUGGCUGUGCAAUAUUCUACAGGACAUCAAAAUUCACCUUUGUGAAGGAGUACCUCAUUGAGUUCAAUCAACUAGCAAUGGCAAAUGCCUCAGGUGCUGAUGACAUGCUCAACAGAGUCAUGACCAAAGAUAAUAUUGGCAUUGCAGCACUGCUGGAGCUCAAAGAGGGCUACCUUAACUACGGCAAUGACGUGAACAUGCCGAGGCAACAGGUGCUUGUGUCUAAUGUUCACAUCCACUGGGAUCCCGAGUUCAAAGAUGUCAAGCUGAUUCAAACAGUCAUGCUUAUGCAUGAGUUGAUGAACAUCAUGCAAGAGAUCAAUCCAGGUUUCAUGGUCCAGGGAGGUAAAAAUGGCACACCACCAAGCAAGUCCAUUCCAUUGGUGUGCUGUGGUGAUCUUAACUCCUUACCUGAAUCAGGUGUUGUUGAAUUCUUGGAUAAUGGAAGGGUACGGAUUGACCAUGGUGACUUCUUGGACAUGAAGUACGAUGGUUUCCUCUCUCGUCUCAGCAACAGUAAGAACGGCGAGAAGUGUGGGGAUCUAACUCACUGUUUCAAACUCAGUCGUGCCUACUCCGAGGAGCAGAUGUCAUACAGCAACCUUACGUAUUCAUUCACUGGAGUCAUUGAUUAUAUUUAUUACACGUCCGACCUUCUUGUUCCUGUUGGGGUCCUCGGCUCAGUCAGUAAGGAAUACAUCAAGGAAAACAAGGUCAUCGGCUGGCCACACCCUCAUUUCCCAUCAGAUCACCAGUCUCUGCUCGUAGAAUUUGAGGCGCUGAGCUUCAGUAAUGGGGUUCCAGUUUAUGGGUAUAUGCCAGGUGCACAUCAUCCCAGGUAGUGUUACAUGCCAUUCUUACGUCAAUAUUAUUGUAAAUUUGUAACAAAGGUGUAAAAAGGCUGACUUGAAGGAAGCCAUUUUUAAGGAUCUAGUCGCAAGACUUGUUUUGUAUUCAGUCUGGUAGACCAGUUGGCCAGUGGAGGCAUUUUUCCCUCAGUCAGUUUUAUAACCACGUUUAAGCAAAGGGAGAAUAGCAGUUACCCUGACAUUUCAGCAGUUGGUUGGUUAACAGGGAGUAAUUGCAGGGAUUUAGCUAAGAAUACACUAAGGCCUAGGUCAAUUGUCGAACUUCACAAGAAACAAACUAAAUUGCAAUUUGAAUCGAUCCAAAUGGAUAAAGCUUGACCACUGGGUCAAACAUUGAACCUAAUUUGAAUUUAGAUUGACCAACACAUUCUAUCCAUCUGCUUUAGACAGAUAGAAUGUGUUAGUCAACCUUAAUUCAGUCGAGCAAACUCAGUCAAGUCAAAUAAAACUUUGCUCAGUUUAGUGCGUCUCAUGUGAAGUUCAACAUUUGACCUGGGCCUGAGUUGGCUCAGUAACAAGGUCAGUCUUGGAGGAAGAAGUCCUUGUUUUCUAGUGAAAUUUCAGUUGGUUAAGAGCUCUCUUUUAGCCGGUGAAAUUAGCUACCAUUUUGUUCUUUGCUACAUCCCUGUGGUUGUUAUAAUUUUAUGUUUGUAGUAGUAAUUUAUUAAAGUUCUAGUGAUGUGUUCAUACAGCUGUCGAUACAAGUGCAAUAAGAAGUGAUAUUUAAUUUUCUUAAAGUAGACAAAGAUCUGUAUCUUAGUCCAGUCGACCCUAACAUGGGAUAUGAGUAAAUGCCACAGAUGAAAUUGCAGGAACACAUGUACCAUACAAGUUUUCAUAAUUUGUUUGCAAAUACAUGUGACUAAAAACAGGCAAAACUUUACUUACAAAGAACAUGCAACUGUCAUAAAGCCUGAGGAUAUUCUAAUGACAUGUGUUUAAAUUGCAUGUAGAUUAGAACUACAAGUGUCAUUUGCAAUCUGCGCACAUGCAUGAAUGGAAACGAAAGUACAUACAGAGUGGUACAGUGUGUUUACUUGUAUGUACAAGUCAGUCUUAAAGAGACAGUGUCCUGGUUGUGAUGGGGCUGUGAUAUUGUGUUUUAACAAGUAUGGCUGGGGGCUUGCCCUAAACGUGCAUUAUUAUCUUGCAAUAGAAAGGAAAAGCAAUGCCAAAAGUGUUGAAAGCAAAGAAAUAUCAGCUAAAAUAGCAAUUUAGUAUGGAAAUUAAGAAAGACAACCUUCAAUAAUCAGCUGAGACACUGUCUCUAGAGAACAUGCAUUCGUAGACUGGAACUGACUCACUUAAAAUAGUGUCUUUUAUCUGACCACCACUGAACUGCAAUAUGAAUGUACCUAUUACGUAUCUCAAUGUUUUGUUUUGGUUUUGUUCAAUUAUUAGAUGUCAGUUGUGUACUGUAGGUGGCGUUGUGUAUUUUUAGGCAAAGAAUAUUUUUGAAAGAGUUUUUCCAUUGCAUAGUUGCAGAAAUGACGUACUCUUAGUAACAAAUAGUUCAUGCACUUGCAGUCUGAACAUUGUAUCGUAAUUGCCUGGACCUUUUUCAUACAAGAGUAGAAAGUUUGUUUUCGUCCGAAAAUGAUAAGAAUUGUCUGAAGGUUUCAGUCGUUAUAUGAACCUUUUUGGUGAACUAAGAACAAAACAAGUGAGAAAAACUUCAGCCAAGAAAUAUUCAACGCCCUCCAUACCAGUUAAAUGCUAGAUUUAGAAUUUCGUUUGCCAGUAUAGUUGUAGAACUUUAGGUGGUGAAGCAAUAUGUUUCGUCGUACGUUAAAAAGAUUUGCCAACCAUGUGGUGCAAACAGCAGUUUAUCAGCAUGUUAGCUCAUGUUGAUGUCGACUUGAACUUUGCACCACUUAAGAAAGAGGAAGCGAAGUCAACGUAACCUGGUGUGGUCAUAAAAAUGAGGUUGAGAAAACUCAAACUUUAGGUAAGCUUGGGUUUAUAUGAGGAUCUUAAAGUUUCUUUCUUCCAAACUCGUUCGUGUGUCUGACUGGGCUUUGUAAACUAUAAGCCGCCAUUUUCCUUUUGGAGGACACGUUCGUGUUGCGUGACGUCAUCGUCGUAUCAAUCCAAUCAGAACAUACCUCUGUCUAAAACCCGAAUCUGUUGUUUGCUCCACGUGGUUGGAUUGGAUGGAGUUGCAAAAAUGUAAUUUACCCAAAUGCACUGGGGGUUGUAUUGUAAACCGUUUUUAUCUUAUUUAUGUUAAGCAGACUUGUCUUUUUUUAUUAGAUUGUAGUUAGCUACGUAAUGGACUUUGUGUAACUUGCAACGUUACGAGUGUAAAGUGUGUUUUUUGGCAAAACGUCUGGUAAAAAUUACCGAGGGUGAAAGCCCGUUAUAUUGGCCAUCUUAUUGUUUCAUCGCCUUGUUCGUGAUACUUUCAUUUCUUCCUUUGCAUGAACGCAGAAUAUUACGCAGUUUUAUUUUUAGUCCUUGAAGAGAACUUGACCAUUUUCUGCUUACUUAAGUUAAGCUUUUUGUGUGUGUUUUGUUUUUAUUUAAUUUAAAGCAAUAUUGAAGUUUAUAUACUAGCCAAAUUAUUCCGGCCCGAAGGAAAUGUGUGUGUAGAGUUAAAGAGGUACUCUCAGUACAAGUGGUGGAGGUCGGGUGUCAAAAUUGACCGUGCGGAUGCCCGCGGGACUAGAUAUCCCGCGGGAAGAAUUAGCCGCCGGAAUAAUAGUCAUGUACUUCACAUCCCCGUUUUUGUUGGUCACUGAUAAAUGUCCAUAUUGUUUUUUGAGUAGUGUAUGUCUUUAAAUUCUUUAGAUUAUGUAGGAGUGAACAAAUUAAGCCAAUUGUUAUGAUUUUUAGGAAAGAGAUAGUAAAUUUGGUUAGUUUGAUUUUCUGUUUUAAGAAAUAUAAGCCUUGUAAUUCCUAAGUUCAGCGCUUGCUGCUGGAGUGUUUUGUCGCAGCAAAAACUGAAACGAGCGAAAUGAACAUUUCUCAGUGAUCAAUUAAACUUCUUGGUCAUUAUUAUUAUAUUAUUUUUAUGUGUAGUUCGAUCUUAGUUAUUGCCCCUAAAAGUGUGUUUAUUUUUAACAAACAAAAUUUGCACACUAUCGAUCAGGUAUCGGCUAAUAUUCGUCAAGCAAGACUUUCAUUAACUUUUUGAAAUUCCGGCCGUUUCUUCUCUACAGUUUUAGAUGUAAGAAAUACAUUUUACUGACUUUUCUUGGCGUGUUGCUAACUGUAUUUGAGUUGAGAGGCCAUCAUCUUGCUGUUGCAUUAGAUGAAGUGUGCAAACUUUGUUUUGAUACCAGAAGUUUUGUGUCGAGCAGUCUUGGCUAUUUACUUCGUCGCAGUAGUUUCGAGUAAGGUUGUAAGUUUGUAGAAAGUUAGCAAGUGCCAUUACAUUGUAACUCGGAGAUAAAAAUUUUUAAUCCAAACUGGCAUUUCUGAGAAAAAGACGGAAAACGACUGGAAUAAACUCCGUGAACAGAUAGA